CCCGCCUAUCGGGAUCAUCAUCGACACUACACACCCAUGAUUGACUGCUGCCACGCCAAAGAUCACAUCAACCGGCUUGUACUCGCUGUAAAUACAGACGAAAGUGAAGUUUGAGGGAUCCGGUCCGAUUCUGAUGGCAUUAUUCGGGAUGUGGAGGCUGCAGUAACAGGAGAGACAGACAGAGAGACCAGGGAAGAGGAAUCUUACCCUUCCCAAGAGUCCGUGUGUCUCUGGAUUAUCUUUAGCUGAACGAGCGGACACAAAGGUGCACACAGGGCGGUACAUGGUCGUCUCUCGAACACACUCCCACCCUGACCCUUCACUUCAGUGACCUUCAGCACCUCCCUGACCCGAACCGACCCGACCUAUAAACCUCACGACUCUCCUCUCAGUCCAAACCCAUAGCAACCCUCACCAUGGCAGCAGCCAAGCCCAAAGGACAGAACUCACUGGCGCUUCACAAGGUGAUCAUGGUUGGGAGCGGCGGUGUGGGAAAGUCGGCUUUAACUUUGCAGUUCAUGUACGAUGAGUUUGUGGAAGACUAUGAGCCCACGAAAGCUGACAGCUACAGGAAGAAGGUGGUUCUGGAUGGGGAGGAAGUGCAGAUAGAUAUUCUGGACACAGCCGGUCAGGAGGACUAUGCGGCUAUCCGGGAUAACUACUUCCGCAGCGGGGAGGGGUUCCUCUGUGUCUUCUCCAUCACUGAAUUAGAAUCGUUUGCAGCAACUGCUGAUUUCAGAGAGCAGAUUCUGCGGGUGAAGGAAGACGAGAACGUCCCCUUCCUGUUGGUGGGAAAUAAGUCGGAUCUGGAGGACCGGAGACAGGUUAGCGCCGACGAGGCUAAAGCCAGAGCAGAUCAGUGGGGCGUGUGCUACGUGGAGACGUCUGCUAAGACCCGCGCCAACGUAGACAAGGUGUUCUUUGACCUCAUGAGGGAAAUUCGUGCUAGGAAGAUGGAGGACAGCAAGGAAAAGAACGGAAAGAAGAAGAGGAAAAGUCUGGCCAAACGAAUCCGUGAAAGAUGUUGCAUUUUAUAGUCUCUGUGAUCAUUUACUCUUCCUCUUUUGCAUAUAUGUACCUGUAUGUUCUGUAUUUUUGCCCUGUUGAUAACUAAUCCUCAUCUGCAAUGUUUCCUGGUGAUUGUGUGUCAGAUGUGGGGUUGUUGCUUAGAUAAAGGACCAGGACAGUCUGAUACAGUCGAUUUCUUAGAUUCAUGCAGUAGUGUCCAACUGGAAUCUCUUUAGUGUCAUAUCAGUCAUAUUGUCCAAAAGCACAGGACGACAUUGGUCUUCUGAAAACUUCCUGUCUAAGCGAUUUCAGAGCUUUUUUUUAUUUUAUUCAUGUGUCAUUCGUUUGUUUUAUGAGUUCCCAGGCCACCACGUGUUUUAACAUCAGUCUUGGGUGAUCCGAUCUCAAACGGAGACAGCACUAAAUACAGGUGAACGAGGUACCUGAAAUGUUGUGAUUCAGUCACUUUGGGGUCAGUCAGAUUGUUUAAAUGUUUUUCAAAUAAGUGUGUUCAGCUCACCAAGACUGCAUUUAUUUGAUCAAAAAUACAGUAAUAUUGUGAAAUAUUAUUACAAUGUAAAACAGCUGCUUUCUAUGUGAAUAAACUGUAAUUUAUUCCUGUGAUCAAAAGCUGAAUUUUCAGCAUCAUUACUCCAGUCUUCAGUGUCACAUGAUCCUUCAAAAAUCAUUCUAAUAUGAUGGAUUUGCUGCUCAAGAAACAUUUCUGAUUAUUAUCAAUGUUGAAAACUGAUGUGCUGCUUCAGAUUUGUGUGGAAACGGUCAUACAUUUUAUUUUUCAGGAUUCUUUGAUGAAUUGAAAGUUCAAAAGAACAGCAUUUAUUUGAAAUAGAAAUCUUUCGCAACAUUAUAAAUGUUUUUACUGUCAUUUUUGAUCAGAUUCAUGAAUCUUUGCUGAAUAAAAGAUUAAAUAAAGUCUUACUGACCCAAAGUUUUUGAGCGCUAGUGUAGUCAGAAACCCAUGUCAAAACAUUGCACUUGUAAGCCCCGCCUACUGACAUGUCAAUCAAUCAUUGCACUAAAACAAGGGUUCGAAUCACCUGAAAAGGAUGUUAAUACAGGUGUAAACAGCCUGAAUUCAGACAGUCUUCUUGAACAGGGUCUCUGGCCUUAAAGCUAAAAUGAGCGUUUGAGUGUUAUUAAUUUAACACUGGAUGAGCCCAUUGAUUUACAUUACAUAAGGAGGAGGCUUAAAAACUGAAAAUACAGGAGCUGAGCUAAUCAUUGGGCUUUGAAAAAAAAAAAAAAAGAAAUGUAAAGCUUUAUUGGAAAAUGCAUUGUUAAAAGCAUUUGUUGGUUUGUGGCUGAGCAAUUAGUAAUUGUUAUGCAUACAAAUUGCAGUACACUAACAAACAAUGAGAUUUGUGUUAGUAACCAGCUAUACCCAAUUUAUUUAUUUAUUUUAAUUACUUAAUAUUCCAAGCAACUUGUCAGAACCAGUGGACAAAAUGAGUUGCAAACAGGAAGUUAGCCUGGCUGCAGCGAUUCUGUGUACUUGACUUCUUGAUGCCUUGAUGUCCAUUGUGAAUGUGGCACUCAACCUUACUUACUGAGCUCCAGUUUCUUUUAGUGUCUAAUCAUUUCAGAAUGAGAGAGGCAGCUAGAAGAACAGGAAAGAAGUGUACGUCAGCAGCAUGUUCAGAACAUGAGAUUCGCACCCUUGCUAUUAGAAAAUGCAAAAUAGGUGUGGCUCGGGCGAGUACGAUGACAAUCUUAUGCUUUUCAUAUGUGAUGUGAAAAUCCAAAACUUGUCGAUUUGGACAGCUCAUGCACUCACGGUUCCAGUCCUAACCAGAGACAUACAUUGUCAUCUUAAUGUAAAUUAGUCCAGUGAUUGUUGUUUUUUUUUCCCCUUUGCUUUUCUGCUUUUAUUAUAUAUGUAUUGUUAAUGUGAAAGCUUAUUUCGGCCGUUUCAAAAAAAUAAUUUUUUCUAAUUUAUAUGUGCUUAAUUAUUUACAGGGAAAUUUAUUUAUAUUCAGUACUAUUUCCACCAGACCUCUGUUUGCCUUUUAGUGGAAAGAAAAUAUACGUAUAUGCCAGAUAUCUAAGCCAAAUUUACACUGCAAAGGUGGCACAGAAGCGCUUCAGAAGUGGCAUUUAAGUGUCUUUACACAGACUGUUUAAUGCUGCUCAGAGGUGGCAUGAAUGCAUUUAAGGCAUCUUUACAAGCCAAGUUAAGGCUGCUCAGUGCCUGCUCAAAGUUCAGUGUAAAAAUGCAAUGCUGCGUGAAAGUCAGGCUAGAUUAUACCUUCUCUGGCCCACCUCAUCCCAUAUUAUCAAAGUAUACAGUUACAAUUGCUGUGUAAAUGCAUUUAUGCCUCCACUGAGAUCAUUAAACAGUCUGUAAAGACACAGGUAAAUGCCAUUUCAGAAGCGCUUCUGUGCCACCUUUGCAGCGUAAAUGUGACAUUACAACAAUUGCAUCUAUAUAUUUUGAUACUAGGGGUUGAGGUGGGUCCGAGCAGGCAUUAAUAAGUCUGGCUUUUAUGUGGCAUUGCGUCAGUACACUGAAUUUUCAGCAGGCAUAGAGUAGUCUUAAAGGCGUCUUUACACAGCUGAGUUAAGGCUGCUCUGUGCCUGCUCAAAAUUCAGUAUAAUGAUGCAAUGCUGCAUAAAAGCUGGACUAAAUAAUCCCAGCUUUGACCCACCUCAGGCCUUAGUUUCAAAAUAUACAGUUGCCAUUGCUGUGUAGAUGCAUUUAUGCCACCUCUGAGCAGCAUUAAACAGUCUAUGUAAAGACACUUAUGUUGAAUUUACACUUCAAAGGUGGCACAGAAGUGCUUCUGAAGUGGUGUUUAAGUGUCUUUACACAUACUGUUUAAUGCUGCUCAGAGGUGGCAAGAAUGCAUUUAAGGCAUCUUUACAAGCCAAGUUAAGGCUGCUCAGUGCCUGCUCAAAAUUGUAAAGUGUAAAGAUGCAAUGCUGCGUGAAAGUCAGACUAGAUUAUGCCUGCUCUGGCCCACCUCAUCAUAUAUUAUCAAAGUGUACAAUUACAAUGCUGUGUAAAUGCAUUUGUGCCUCCACUGAGCAUCAUUAAACAGUCUGUGUAAAGACACCUAAAUGCCAUUUUUGAAGCGCUUCUGUGCCACCUUUGCAGUGUAAAUGUGACAUUACAACAAAUACAACUAUAUAUUUGAUACUGGGGUUGAGGUGGGUCAGAGCAGGCAUAAUUAAGUCUGGCUUUUAUGUGGCAUUGCGUCGGUGCAUUGUCUCAAGAUGCAAUGCUGCAUAAAAGCUGAACUAAAUAAUCCCAGCUCUGACCCACCUCAGACCUUAGUUUCACAAUAUACAGUUGCAAUUUCUGUGUAAAUGCAUUUAUGCCACCUCUGAGCAGCAUUAAACAGUCUGUGUAAAGGCACUUAUGCCAAAUUUACACUUCAAAGGUGGCACAGAAGUGCUUCAGAAGUGGCAUUUAAGUGUCUUUACACAGACUGUUUAAUGCUGCUCAGAGGUGGCAAGAAUGCAUUUAAGGCAUCUUUACAAGCCAAGUUAAGCCAUUUCGGAAGCGCUUCUGUGCCACCUUUGCAAUGUAAAUGUGACAUUACAGCAAUUACAUUAUAUUUUUUAUACUAGGGGUUGAGGUGGGUCAGAGCAGGCAUAAUUAAGUCUGGAUUUUAUGUGGCAUUGCGUCAGUACACUGAAUUUUGAGCAGGCACAGAGCAGCCUUAACAGCAUCUUUACACAGCCGAGUUAAGGCUGCUCAGUGCAGUGCAGUGCAGCAUAAAAGCUGGACUAAAUAAUCCCAGCUCUGACCCACCUUGGGCCUUAGUUUCAAAAUAUACAGUUGCAAUUGCUGUGUAAAUGCAUUUAUGCCACCUCUGAGCAGCAUUAAACAGUCUGUGUAAAGACACUUAUGCCAAAUUUACACUUCAAAGUUGGUGCUUUUGAAGUGCCAUUUUAGAUGUUUUUACACAGUUUAAUGCUGCUCAGAGGUGGCAUAAAUACAUUAACACAGAAAAAGAUGUCUUUUCACUGAAUUUUGAGCAGGCACAGAACAGACGCCUUUAAAUGCCACUUAAAUAGCGCUUCUGUGCCACCUUUACUGUGUAAACAACCUUUAAGUCAUUCAUAAGCAGUUGUUCUUGUGAAGUGGAUGUAAAGGCUUAGUGUUUUAGAGGGGUUUAAAUUAAAUUUGAAUAAAAUUGCAACACUUCCAAAAUAUUUUGGUAGUUUCAGCAUGGGAUAAGUAAUCAGUUCUCCCAUUUGUCAAAGCACAGUGGUUCUGUAAUGAACGUGAAAAAUAAUUCUGAAGAUAACCAACAUCUAGUUUACUGUGAGCAGUUGUCUUAUGAUUGACACAUGACGUCACACCAAAGGCCAGUGCGGUAUAAUGUAUGCGAGGGUGUAUCGCUGUGCCCAUGGUAGACUUUUGUAGCAAACGCAGCUGUUUUCUUGCCUGUUUUAAUGAAUCAUUUCUGUUAUGGUGCUAUUUCUGCUCACAAAGGUUUUGUCCUUUGUAUGUGUGUGUUUGUGUGCAGCAUGGGCUGUGUGUGUUGAGAACUUGUGUGUAUUUUAAAGGGCAGGGUGUUCUGUUAAAAAUAGCGUGCAGUAAAACAGUAAAAUAUACAGUAGAGCUCAUUUUCAGUUGUCUGUAGUAUUUCAAAGUUUGUUUUAUAUCUGAACCUAAACUGUAAAGAAAUGAACUGCAUUCUGGCCAAAGUGGCAUUUCCAGCUGUAAAGAUGAUAUUUGGAAGCAAUGGAAAUUAAAUUGUCUGAAUUAAAUGAUUUAAAUAAAUUAAAAUGACAGCA